AUGGUUUCUGCUGGCAACCAGGGGUUGGGAUUGAAUGAUAAAUUGCUUGAGCAUUUGAAAUUGGAGGUCUGUGAUAUGGCUAUGGGUAUGUUGUCAGGCGGCGCCAUCCCGCCGGCGCCUAUCCAUGAAAACACACUCUUGGCUCUGAUGUUUGAAUUACUACCAUAUGAUAAUUCUGAUAAAUCAGAGUUUUCUGAGGAGAGGCUUCACAGUUAUUUGAGCGGACUCAAUGACGAGAUAAUCGAGGAGGAACGCAAAAAGGAGCCCCCUGAACUCGGGUCAGCGUAUGACAUCCUGCUGCAGCUUCAGCAGUCUGUGGGCCAGAUGGCUGGACAAUUGGACGAGAUUUCUCGCAAAGUCAUGGGCCUUGCCUUUCUGAAGGGCGAUGAGUUACGUCCGGAGAUGAGAUCUUUCCAGGAUUUGAUAAAACUUGGAAAUGAUAAUAUUCUCCAAAACUUGAUAAUUCCACCUGGGGAGACAGAGGACCGUCGGUUUCCCUCCAUCGUUAACGAGGGUGGGCUUCAGUUUAGACCACCGGAGCGGGGUUCAAUAUGUUAUAUAGAGCCCGAAUUUGAAGAAUUCAGUUCCUUUGAUCAUGCAAGGCACAUGUCAGAGAAUGGGAGGUCAAUAUCGUUCGAUGUGUCAAACUGUAACGGCAAUAUAUACGGGGCUGCCAAAAUCGAAUCGGGACGCGCACACCGCAGCCGCAGAGAUCGAAUCCGACAGCACGAACUCCUCAGACAUGUUCCGGCGCGCGCCGCGCGCGUGCGCCGGCAGAAGGCUGUCCCCCGGCCGGUCGUAGGCGCUGCGCGCCUUGGGCUGGGGCGCGCCGACGGCGGCCUUGGCCCGGGCCUUGCGCUCCGCGAGCGACGGGUCCGCCGGCGGCGCCGGCCGGCCCUCGGCCUUCUUCUUCUUCUCCUUCUUGGCGAUCUUGGGCACGCGCGGCGCCGGCGGCGCCGCCGGCUUCGCCGGCGCGGCGUAGUCGUCGUCGUCGUCGUCGGCGAGGACCGCGUCGAAGUCGUCGUCGUCGCCGCGCGCCGCCGCCGCGUGGCGCUUGAGCUUCUUCGCGGGCGCGGGCGCCGCGAGCGCGUCGCGCUUGCGCUUCUCGCGGCGCUUGUGGGCCGAGAUCCACUCGACGACCUCGUCGACGGCGCUGUACUCGCAGUCGUCGACCGUGCCGUCGUCGCCGAGCGCCGCGUCGUAGUAGAAGCAGACCAUCUCCUCGUGCUCCGCGUCGAAGCUCACCUUGAGCACCUUCCACAUGUCGCCGAACACUUGCGGAAGGCGACAACUGCGAGGUCUGAUGAGCAAGCAGCGCAGGAGACCUUGAGAGAUGAUUCGGCUGAGCCGCAGCCGCAUAGACCAGAGGACCCUGUGCUCUUGGCAUCGCCCGAGACCACUGGGCAAGCGGGGCAGUUGCCCAGACGCCCGCAUGUGCUGUGCGAUUUUGGUCCUGCUCCUAAGACUGGCCGGCAACCUAUGGCCGCAACAGCCGUACUACUGGAGCAGAACCUGCAGUUGCGCCCUGCACCCGCUCCGAGAAGGAGCUCUAGGAUUGAGGGCCUACCGCCUCAGAACUUUAAGGAGCCAGAUGGUCGGAAAACCCCAGGCGUUGGCGGGGCAGAUCACGUCCCUCCUGCAGGUCCACCCGCUCCGCGUGGACAACAGACUAACGCCGCGAGAGAUUGCCAAAGCGCACUAAGUAAACGGCAGCAACUCUCGGUCGAGGAGUGUAUAUUACUGGAGAUGAGCCACGACCUCGUGGCUGGGCAUGCCAAUGAUGCCAACUUUGUCCAGUACUUCCAGGUUGAGGGGCUGGAGGACCGCGCGAUAGUGUUGGUCAUGUCAGCCAGGUUGCCAGUGGAGCUGAACAUAAUCCAUGUCGGCAAUGUGACUGACGAGUCGCAGGCUGCUGGUGCCACCUGGCGGCCGCGUCCGAUGGGCACGGCCGUGCCAGAUGUCAUCGAGGAGUGGUUGGCGAAGCCUGGUAGCGCAUUGGAGUCGCAAGCGAGCAAACUCGAUGUUUUUGAUAAGUCCCGCCCGCCCGACCCUGAUGGCUGGACCGACGACGCAAUUAGCGUCGACGUGUUGGCUACUGCCCCAUAUGCUCCUGGGGCAGAGAUUAUACUCCUCAAAAUUUCUGAGGCAGUGGGUCAAACGUGUCCGGCAGGUAUCAAAACAGGCGAGGCAACGGCCGAGGCCAUGGCUGCAAUGCUGAACUCCCUAGAAGUGGCCGCCCGUUUAGGUACGGAGCUGGCCGUCCUCUGCGGUUCCUGGAAAAGCACCAUCCAGAACUAUAGAAAGUUCCACUUGCAACGGAACCCAGACAACAGAGCUGAAAGCAUGGAUGAGUUGAGAGAGAGGCUGGGAAUAGGCGGCCCCCUCUUUGAUUAUGUCCAUCAGCAGCUAAAGCUAGGCAUACCAGACAGGUCUGAUGUCAUGUUGCCAAGGAAUGCACCCCUGGCAAAAGCCCAUAAUAGCGUAAAAGAGCAUGCCACCAAAAUUUUGGGAACUAUCUUAGGUGAGGUCCAGCAAGGCUGGGUCUUUUUGUGCACUGAGGAGGCCCAGGACAUCUUGGGGACGUACACGAGUCCCCUAGCUGCGGUCCCAAAGCACAACCUUGACGGUACAGUAUCGAAGAAGGUUCGCAUCAUUCAUGACCUGAGCUCGGGGAAGAAGUUCGUACGCUGGGCACAGACCGCGGACCAUUCCCUCCGCGUCCGCAAGCUGUUCACUUCAAAGGAGGCACAGCCAUCCUAUAACAGCACCAUCCCUGAGGGCAGCCACCCCCCAGCUUGGCUCCCACGGAUUUUAGAUGUCAUUCUCCAGUGCAUCCGUCUCCAGUUGAGUGCCCCUGGCAUUCCCAUUCGGUUGCUCAAGGUGGACAUCUCUGCCGCUUUUCGCCGCCUCUGGUUGGAUGUGGAGUCGAGUCGGGGAGUGAGCACCUUCUUACCUUCAGGGGACACUGGCAUGUCAACCGGAUUAUUGGUUUGCUACCUAGCCCUCACCUUUGGAUCAGUUUACUCACCCUCAGAGUAUGGCAUGGCGGCCUUCGCUAUCGCCACCAUGUUUACACACACCAGGCCCCCUGAGCCACACAUUAACGGAGAAGGCUUUCAUGAAGCGGUAGUCUAUGUGGACGAUGCAGCUAUUGGUGAAUUGGUGCUGGGUCAGCGCCCCCUUUACGCUCGGGAUAGCUACUGCAUGGUAGCCCGAAGCGUGCUUGGGGACGACGCAGUCGAGGUCGACAAGCUUGACGAGGAAGGCACUCCAACGGCUGGGCCUCUCACUACUUUCGGUUACGAUUUAGAUGUUUCGGAUUUACAUCUUUCAGCUGAGACUGGAGGCACAGUCAGCUUUAAUGAACCAAAGCUCCACAAAAUCCGCAGGAUGCUCAUGGAGCCAGAACUGAAUCCUGGUUCUCGGAGGAUACCUUACGACUUGGUUGACAAGGUGACAGGAUUCAUGGAGUUUUUAGCACCAGUUCAGCCUGCCAUAAAACCAGAGCUUACUGUACUCUAUAGGAUCCGUCACCAGCACUCAGGAGGGGUCCACAUUGCUCUUCAACCGACAAGCACAGAUGCUGGAGUGUCCUGGAAGGAGUUUGAGAACUCCAUAGAAUUUCUUCGAUUGUUGGUCAGUGAUGUGGAUGCUUGGAAAUACUACUUCCGGUCAUCCUUUAUGCACAUGCUGCCCCCGGAAGUGAGGCUUAGGAUCCCCGGACAGCGAGAAGCUGCCCGAACUGUAACAACAGAUGCCGUCCUGGAUGUGCUGGGUGCAGUCGACUGGACAGCCAAGCGAUGCUGGGGUGGCGCCAUAGUGGACCUACAGGGUGCUCUACGAGCCGUGGAACCGCUUCUGCUGGAUGAGGACUGGAUCCCCAUUUCAGAGCUGAUCGCCUUCAUUGCCUUGGCUUUCCAACAAGGGGCCCACUGGACAAACCAGGUGGUCAUUUUGGGGAUCGAUAACACCUUGGCUCUGAAUUGGAUAACAAGGCGGAGACCCCGCCACCCCCUGGCACGGGCACUCAUCCGGCUGCUAACGCGCCUGGAGGCCCUUCACCACUUUAAGGUAUAUGCCUUCUACCUCAACACCCAUAGAAACAAGUUCAGCGACACCAUAUCCAGGCUGUUGCAAGUGGCAACAACGUUUGUCCCAACUGUAGGAGCAAGCUCUGUGUCUGCAUCCUCUGUGGAUGAUCUCCGGGAGUACCUCACCCAGAACCACCCUGAAUUCGAGUUUGCUCUCUUUGACCCAUCCUUGUCCUUCUUCGGUGACUGUGACCAGAUCCUUAGGUCAUACCGGCUGCCCCAUGAGACAGAGUCGGCAGUUGCAGUUUCCCUGUCCAAGUUGAGGCCUGCUCCUUCCGAGCCCUGGCCUAAGCACCGACCGCCCCCGCUGGUGGGGGAGGUCUGGGCUGGGAAAUUCGGGUUCUCUUCUCGCUUGAGGAAACAGGGGGCCGCAGUCCAGCUGCUCAUCGAACAAAACAAGUGGACCAAAGUGUUGGUAGAUGACCAUUUCCGCCUGGCUAAACCGCCAGUGGAGUUGUAUCAAUCCUUCUAUGACCGUGAAUGGCUGGGUUCGCUCAUCACGGAGCUUCGGAUCUUGGGGGGCGGACCUUCUUGCAAAGCCUUUUCCGGUGCGGGUAAACUGGGAGAUACGAAAGGCCAAGUGGACGGAAAUUGCAUUUACGGCAGUACAAUAUGUUUCCGGUAA